AUGAGCCCCGUCUGCGCCAGAGGGGGGGAGCCAGGGGUGCCAGUCCGGACAGCCAAAGCCGAACGGCGGCAUCAGGAACGCCUGCGGGUGCAGAGCCCGGAGCUGCUGGCCACCCCGGAGAAGGAGCUCUCCCCAGCGGAGCGCCGAGCCCUGGAAGCGGAGAAGCGGGCCAUGUGGCGAGCAGCACGAAUGAAGUCUCUGGAGCAGGAUGCCCUCAAGGCCCAGAUGGUGAUUGCCAAAUCCAGGGAGAACAAGAAGCGUGGCACGUUGGAGCAGCUGGCAGAGUCGCCCUCCCCGGCCCCCACGCCUUCCCCCACGCCCUUGGAAGGUGCGUCUUCUCUUCCGUUGGACAUUGGCGCAUUGACUCUGGAAGAGCGUCUCUGA